AGUUCAUCCUGCUUGUAGAAUCAGAUCUAUAUAGACUACAUACUAAAAGGUUCUGUUUAUUGAUGUUUUGAAUUUGAAGCUAGCAGGAUUGGUUAGGGAAAUAGGUUUUUGUUUUUGAAUGUUUAUUAACUUAUUUUUAAAAUUUUUAGUUUAAUAAUUUCGGAUGAUAAACGCAAAGAACAAAAACGUUGACUGAAUAGCCAGCUGAUCAGGAUAAACUGAAAUACAGGUUGAAAUGAAUCUCAGUCAUGUUCAUGCCAUUCCGAGAUUCUGAGCUGACAUUCUGUAGUUCACAGUAAAUAUAGUGAAUAUUUUCAAUCAGGCAAAGCAGGGGCUAUUAUAUCUGUAGUUUUCAAGUGAAACGCAAAGGUCUCUGUGAAUGUGAAACAAUAUAAAACAGUAGGCCUACAACGAGAAAGAAUAGGAUUCUGGAAUGUUUAAAAGUUGAUGUGGAAUAAUUGUAUUGUUCGUUCAGGCAAGGCAAUAGGCCUUACAACUACAGAAGAACAGGACUACAGCAAAAUAUUACUAUUAUUUGAGCGACAUUAGUUGUUGAGCAGAAAAGGCUUCCUGAUUUUUCUCAUUGACAUUCAUCAAUAUCAUUCAUCAGUGUUAGCUACCAUUUAUGCUGCUCAACAAUGGAUAGAAGAGAAGCAAUAUUGAAUGCAAUCCCUCCUCACAAGGCAUGGAGAUUGCGGGGAAGACGCUAUCAACAAGGUAUGUGCAAUGUCAUUGGAAAGAGGUUCUACGAUGAAGUUCCCAAUCAACUUCUUCAUAAGAAAAUUGGUUUCUCACUUUAUGGUGCACCCACUGAAUUCACAAAUGGAAACCAAGAGUUGACCUACACAAAAGAAAAAAAUGAAAAGAUAGAGAAAUUGGUAAAUCAUAUUCUCACAAAAAAUACCAACUCCAAUGAUACAUUUAUAGCAUUUGUAUAUAUACAUCUUCGUUGUAAGGAUAGUAAGAAAUAUGAAGGUAUAAGUGUUGUGUUUCGUAUCUUGCAAGGUCCUCUGACUGAUGCCAACAUUGAUAAUUAUUACUUCAUGGAUUCAAACGGUCGAAAUUACAAAGAUUGGCAAGAUUUCUUGGAAGAAAAUACAUUACCGCAAUGUGACAUGUGCGUCCCCAAAAAUGGAAUUUACUCAGAGUUCAAAGGAAGAGUUGAACUGAGUUAUGUUGAAUCGCCUUCGUGUCGUUUGGGCAAAAAAGUUCUGAAUUGUCUUGACAACACGAGUACGGUUUUGGGAGUAGCGGCGACUGGUGCGUCGUUGGCGUGCCUGGCCCCCGCAGCUGCGGCGUUCGCCGUCCCUCUGAGUCUGGGCGCCGGUGCAGCGAUCGUCGCCUCAGGCGUCUACGAUGCGGGCAGGAGCAUUGCCAAGCUGGUCGAUUGCGGAAAGCAUGAGGAGAGUCUCAGUUUGAAGAAUGCCAAGGCGAGAGGUCUGUGGCUUGGCUUAGCAACUUCUAGCUUGGGCGCGGCUGCAACCGGUGGCAGAUUCAUAGGAAAAGCCAGAUCCUUCUUCAAGGCAGGAGAAGCAAUCAUUGAAGCUGAAUCAGCAUUUCUACGGUUCGUUAACUUUUCGUCAUUAGCAGUUAGUGGAGUGACUAUAAUCAAUUCAUUAGUCAAUGCUGUUAUCAAGUACAGAGAAGGAACUCUGGAGAGGAUUGAUAUUCUCCAAUUCAUUGAUGCUUGCUAUUUCUUUAUAAAUGCGUUGAUAACAACUGAGAUUGCUCAUUGGUUGAUUGGGACUGUUGCAACGGGCGAUCCCAAAGGGAUGUGUUUCACCAAAAUCAGAGAAUUCGGCAUAGUAGACACACUUAUUGAUGUCAGAAAUGAUAGGAACUAUAGACUAUUGAUGAAACUGAUCGGCCAAAACAAAUAUAUGCCCAAAGUAGACCUGAAUGAGAUUGAUAGAAUUUCUGCAACGCUUCUGAGGCAUGUGCGCGAUGUGUCAUCUGGAAAAAUGAGUUGGCCUGAAUUCAUGAUCGAGAUGACCGGAGUGAGUAGGACUCUGUGGCUCAAGUUCAAAGAGCCUGUCAUUGCUGCUGUCAACAAACUCCUGGAAAUUAAUAAUGCAACUGAUGCCGAAUCUAUCUUCAUCGACCCUGUUCAUAGGGAAAUUGUUCACACGAAGCCAGAUAUUGCUAGGCAACUCUGUUUGGUAGUACAGAAGGUAAUAGACCAGUGCAAUGUGGAUGACGAGGAUGGCUCAAUAAUGAAGAGCAUAUUCGCUCUGAUUUUCACAUUCAAUUCGAACUACGAGGACAACUUCACUGUUGACUUUCUGCAGAAAGCUAGAUUUGUUUGCGAAUGCGUGUCAACCAAGUGGGACAACUUGACAGACGAGUACGAGCUGGCUCGAGACACAGCCGAGUCGAGCUGCGACAAUUUUGACGAGGUGCAGUUCAACCGUGGCUUCGGCUUCGCACACGAGAGUGACAUUCCUCGCUGCCUGCUGCAGAGGGCAACUUACCACCUGCUGGCCUACGUCGACGAUAUGCAACAGUACUAUGAAGAAGAUGCAGGCAACAGUCAGCCCGUCACCUGUGAGCCGCCCUGCUUGGAGACCAAUUUCGGCGAUUGCUACAUUAUGAUUGUGAGGCGGCUACAUGUGACGACGACUACUGGAAUCUGUUGGCAAAUAUUACAGGAUUACAUCUGAACAAUGGCAAUGCAACCAUGUUCAGACAAAAUGCAACUAAUUCUGUCGUUGAUGAUGUAAUCCUUAUUCGGCCCAAUAAUCAGAACUGUGAUAUCAAGCUGGUAUCAUUCAUCACUGUUGAAGAGGAUGAUAGUGCAGUUGGUAUACUCACUGUGAUAAAAAAAUCGUCUGAUCAAGGAUUAUAAUUCACUCAGCUCCUUGCUGUUUUCCAACUGAAUAGGAAAAGACAAAUCUAUUAAUUAUUGCAAAGCCAAUCUUAACUCUUCUUGAAACUUGACUGUCAUGAUUGUAAGCUAAUGUUAAUUAGUCAAAAGUUUUCUUACAAGUAUACAGCAUAAUCCCAAGUAAAGGUUAUAGGAUUCUAUGUUAUAUAAAAAAACUUUAUGCUGUCUUAAAACAAUUUAUUUUACAAAUUUCGUUUACAGAAAUGGUUAUGAAAAUAUGUUGAAUGUCCCACAGUGAUUGAGGAAGUUCGGUCGAUGUUGAAAAUCGCCAAACAUGAGGAAUAGUCCAUGAACUUCGGUUAUUAUUAGAAACCUUCCAAUAUUAGACAAUUAUAAACUGUAUCGUAAACCAACGCUUUCCAAAAGACUGAAUCUUCUAAGUGAACAAACAAGCAAUACACAAGAAAUAAUUAUUGAUAUGUUAUAUGUUUGAAAGUUAUAUUUGUAUUGGAAAAAUAGCAAUCACUAUGUACUGGCGACCUUUGAAAAUAAAAACUGUAAUUAUAUCAUCUUCAUCAUCAUAAUACACUAUGUCUAAUCUUUUUUCCCCAAGUGUAAGUUUGAAAUCAGAAAAUAUUACCAGAUAAUUUAUUAAAAUUGAAAUUUAAUUUUGAAAAACAAUAAUCACCAAGUGAAAUAUACUUAUUUUGCUGACAAUAGAUCCAAUAAAUAUCCCACUUUUGUGGCUAUGAACGUUUUUCAUCUUUCUUGUCUUGUAUUAUUGGAAAGUGUAAAAUGUGUAAAAGUUUAUCCAAUAAACUUGAAUUAGAAUUCUAGAACAUAUUCUUAUUAUAAUAAAAUAUAAAUUAUAAUAAAGGCCUACACAUUGUUAUUGAAUUACAUUUUCAAUCAAACAUAAAAAAGUGCCUCACAAACUCAUGAAUGGAUGAUAUUAAUAAAUAUUUUGUUGAGAAAGAAAAGUUAUUUAUACUUUGAAUACUGUACUUUAGUAUAAUUCAAAAUAUAAAUUAGAAAAACAUAAUUUCAAAAUUCUAUAUAUUUUAGUAUGUAGUAUAGUAGUAGUAGUAUAGAUUUCAAAUAAUGUGUAAAAUAUUAGUGUACGGAAAUUUAUAAUCAACUAAUAAACAUUUACAUAUAUGGUAGGUAGUUGUAAUUUGGAGUGAUCCGUGGUCUAGUGGAUAGAGAGCUUGCGUAGCGGCAUAGAGAUCCCGGGUUCGAACCCACUCACAACCGAAAGUUUUUUAACCAGAUCACUCCCGUGUUAUCGGAUGGGCACGUUAAACUGUCGGUCCCGGCUGAAGUAUGACAGUCGUAAGGCCCAUUGACGGCUCAAAUUAUAUAUUCAGGCGGUGGGACCUUCCCGCAAGGGACUCCCCACCAACAUAGCCAUACGAAUUUACUUUUUUUUUAGUUGUAAUUUCCCACUAUUAGAAGAAUAAUAUUCUUCUGUUAAAUUAUUUGAGGUUCCGUACAAUAGUAUGUGUUGAUAUUUAUGUUUCUAUUCAUGUUCUAUGAAGUCUAUGUUUGAUAUUCAUGUUUAUAUUCUCUUAGCCCAACAUACCAAUGCAAUUCUAUUCUUAAACAUUGUUUCAUCUUGCCACUCGAAAGGACAUAACUUAGUUUGAUUUGUUUACAUCCAAACAUUAAAUAAUGUGCCUUAAAAUAUCAAUGACAGGUAUUUAAAUUAGGAAAAAAUUGUACUUGAAAUAACUGGGGAAAAUAGUGCUUCAAAGAACUGAAAUAAAUGUGUUGGGUGUAAUUGAGAAUAAGCUCCAAAUAUCACAAUCCUAAUAAAUUAGAUAAUGUGCCAUAAUAUAUCAAUGACAGGUAUUUAAAUUAGGAAAAAAUUGCACUUGAAAUAACUGGGGAAAAAAUAGUUAGUGCUUCAAAGAACUGGAAUAAAUGUGUUGGGUGGUUGAGAAUAAGUUACAAAUCUCACAAUCCUUUGGAAUUCAGUUAAAAUACUUCAUUCAUGAAUUUAUGUAAUCUUUAGCUGAAUAUUCUAAUCAUUGUAGAUUUGCUGAAGAGAGCGAAAUCAUUCCAGUGCUUAAAUUUAGCCAUCAAUUUGUUGUAGUUAUACAAUAAUAAUAAAUUGUAGACCGAUUUCAGUCAUAAAAUUUGGCUGAAAUUUUUGAAAAAGUUAUCCAUCUGACACAUAAUUUUUCACAAAGCAUAAAAUCAUUUUAUUCUUUGUCUGAAAGCCAAAUUGGUAUAUAAUUGAGAUAUAUUACAAUAUGAAAAAUGGAAAAUACAUAUUAAAUAAAUUCAAGUAUACAGUUUACAAUAUACUUCGUAAAUUUACAAGAUUGAUGUCUACCAUCACUAGAAAAAAUCUUCGAUUUUUGAAGAACUACCAAAAUUCUCAUUAUAUUCGUAUCAUACUAUGAUUUCUUCCAUAGCAUUGCUAGUUAUGACAUAAUUGCUUUGGGUACGGUACGGUAUAUGAUAAGCAUAUGGGGGGGGGGGUGAUUGGAGAGGCUGUUAUAGUUCCAUAUUGAAUAUACUUAAAUCGAUACAAAAUAAAACCUCGCAGAGAAAGUUCGAGAGACAAUACUAUGUUAUUUUAGUUAUUAAUUGCAUGCGUUAUUGCACGCAAUCAAUAGUUCAUUUAUUUAUUUAUUCACAAUUGAGACAACGGGUUUCCCCAAAUAUGUCUCCUCAACAAUAAAAAUUGUACAGAUACAAAUGAAAAAAGAAAAAUAAUGAUAAAAAUAAUACGAACUUAUGCAAUAAUAAAAUAAUACAAACAACAAAAAUACCACCUAAUUCAAAAAUGAAAAAUACAAAGAUUUCAAAUACUUAUGAAAAAAGUGAAAAUAAAACAAAUUAGGAAUUCAAAAUUUAUAGAAAUUAAAGAAUAUAAUAACAAAUAAUGAACAAGAAUUUUAUCAAUAGAGUAAAUAACAUUUAUAACUGAACGACGUCCCAAACCAUAUGCACAUCCACACUGAUACACCAAACUAUUUAUUUGAUCAGAUCAUGCUUACACAAAAUUUAAUUAUCAUAUAACGCUUUCCGGAAUUUAGCGCGAGAAAACCAGAAGACAUCUAGGCGCCCAGACAAGCUGUUAUAAGUUAUUUGCAUCCUAUUUAAUAGUGCAUAAAAAUUGCAUUCAAUGAGGCAUGCAAUUUAUAGGCUACACAGCUGCUGAUUUUUUACCAAGUUACAUUGAGAUAUUGAAUUGCAUGCGUCAUGGCAUGCGUUUUAUAAUCCACUCGACAGCUGAUUUAUGAUGAAUAAUUCUAUAGUCUGAUUUUUACUCUAAUAUUGGCGUAUGAAGGAGGCUUCUUUUUUCUUUUAUACUAGGGGUAUUCACAAUGUUGGAGUUAGCUGGCUAAGUCGCGGUAUUCGCUAUCUCCAGCUAUUUGCUAAGUCUGUGUUAACUCAAUGCUAUAGUGGUGCGUUAGAAAAAAAUUAACAGACGAUCGAGGUAGCAGAUAGCGCAGGUUUGAGUCCGCUAACUCUAGCUUUUUCUGUUGAAACGGCAGCCAUAUUUUUAUAAUCUUACUUUUUCAAACUAACUUUAAGUUACACAAAUUAUCCGCUUGGAUCACUACUGCAGUUAGCUAAUAGCAGAUGGGUUUAGAUGGGGCGUUCACAAUCCAGAGUUAUCAAAUAGCACUUUAGCUGGCUAAAACAACAUUGUGAAUACCCCUAUUAUCCUUGAAAUGCAAAAUUUCCAAAAUCCUUGUAUAUACGACGACGCGCAAUUUAAAAAGGAACAUACAUAUCAAAUUUCAUGAAAAUCUAUUAUUUUACGCCGCGUUUCGACGUAAAUGCGCAACAUAUAAACAUUUAAACUGUAAUAGAAAUGCCAAACCGUCGACUUGAAUCUUAGACCUCACUUCUUUCGGUCAAUAAUGUCUUUAUAUUGAAAUUAAUUUUUAUUUUUCAAAAAUAUGUUUAUGUCUAUCAUUUUAAUUUUUAUUCACUUUAUUCUUUUAUAUUUGUCUAAUCUUAUAUUAAACAACCGGAAUUGUAUAACGUUUUCAACUUUAACUUUUAGGUAGAUGUUUAUUUUUAAUUUUAUUUCACCAACCAAUCCCAGACAUUUGUCAACAUCUCUGUUUAGAAUGUAAAUACAUUUUAUGUAUUCUCUGGUAAUAAAUUUGAAUUUGAUAAUUUUAAAAUUAUUACAAAAGAUGAAGACUUUGUAAAAUACCUUUUUUUAAUUUCCUCAGAAUAUUUUUUAUUCAUAAAAAAAUAUAUCGAUCUCAUUAUGUAAUACAUAAAAAUAAUUUCACACUCGACUGUUUCAUGUGACAGUUCUAAUUUCUAGAAAGUCAGUCAAGUGUGAAAAUGUAUUAUUAUUUGAACUCUUAACUUACAAUAAUCUUCAUGUUACAAUUAAGGUUAUUUAGCUAAGAAUUUGUCACAUCAAUUAAUAUACUGUCUCAUGUGACAGUUCUAAUUUCUAGAAAGUCAGUCGAGUGUGAAAAUGUAUUAUUAAUUGAACUCUUAACUUACAAUAAUCUCCAUGUUACAAUUAAGUUUAUUUCGCUAAGAAUUUGUCUGUUAAUUGAACUUGGAUCUGGCUUCAUUGAUAUGGCUCGGCUCUUGAAGCUAAGCACGUGAUUCAUAAAUCAUAAUUUUGACAGUUUUAGUGGCAGUUCAAAUGUUCAAACUUAAAUUUAUUUAUUCAUCAAAAGCAUAUUUACAAAAUAAUAGUGUAACAAUAAUGUAAUGAAUAUACUCCCUGCGUGGAUGAUUUGUCCGUGUGCAGGGAGGAAAUUUAAAGAUUUUAGAGAGGAGUUGUUUUUGAAGUACAAAUUUAUAUUAAUAAUAUAGUCCGUGCAAAUCUCAGUUUGCAGCACGGAGCUAUUAUAUGACCAAUAUUAUUUCUAUAUAAAAAUGGGAGCACACUGUUAAACUGUCGUUUUUGUGUUGAUUCUAUAAAAAAGGCCUACGCUCUCUCUUUCUCACAGAAUUACCUAGCUCACAUGCUCUCUGGAUUCGAUGGAAUCUUCAUACUCCAUAAGAGCAAUGCUGCAAUCCACGGUUUGCAGAGACUAUAGAAAUUAUCAUUAAAAUCUUAUCUUUUACAGGGUAAUCAAGUGUUGAGUCGAUGAAAUGUAUUUGUACAGUACAAUGGUGCUAAUGUUAUGGCUUCACUGGUUCGUUACCAAUGAUUUUAAUAACUGUAACUGUUUUAUAAAUUGAAUUUUUGUGAAAUAUUUUUAGAAUCAAUGUUAAUAUGACUCGAUUAUAUAAACUUUUUAUGGUUUUUAUGCUACUUUUAUCAUUGGUUUCUAAUAAACUUCAUAAUGGGAAA